AUGGCUGCCCUGCAGAAAUCUGUGAGCUCUUCCUUCAUGGGAACGCUGGCUGCGGGCUGCCUACUCCUCCUCGCCCUGUGGGCGCAGGAGGGUGCCUCCGUGCCAGUCACUUCCAACUGCUGGCUUGACAGGUCCCAAUUUCAGCAGCCCUACAUCAUCAACCGUACCUUCAUGCUGGCCGAAGAGGCUAGCUUUGCAGAUAACAACACAGAUGUUCGUCUCAUUGGGGACAAACUGUGGCAAGGAAUCCAUGGGAAAAGGAAAUGCUACCUGAUGAAACAGGUGCUCAACUUCACCCUGGAGGAAGUACUGUUUCCCUACUCUGACAGAUUCCAGCCCUACAUGCAAGACGUGGUACACUUUCUUGCUAGGCUCAGCAGCCAGCUCAACCAAUGUCACAUCAAGGAUGAUGACCAGCACAUUCAAAAGAAUGUUCAAAAGUUGAAGGACACAGUGAAAAUGCUUGGAGAGAGUGGAGAGAUCAAAGCAAUUGGAGAAGUGUAUUUGCUGUUUACAGCCCUGAAAGAUGCCUGCACUUGA